AUGAAUCGUUUACUCUUGGAUCACAUUGUCCUUAAUACGUUCCGUGGCUUCGAUCGUAUUCAAGAUGAAGUCUCCCGACUGGUCCGUUUGAACCCUGAGGUUGUAUUGCAUAUUCCGGCUGCUCUCCAGUACCUUGCUACUCAGGCGAACAUCGAGAAAGAUCUCCCUGAGGACGGUGAGCCGAGGACUUCUUCGCACGAUCAACAGCCUUCCUACGCGGUAAUCCUCCUUCGGUUUCCGGGUAAAUCACAUCACGAAUUCCUUCCUACCAACUUUCCAAUUCACAGUGAUUUUAAUGUUUGGGAGCGACGAGUUGACAAGUGGAUAUUGGAAAAAAAAGGGGGUGGAAUGAAAGUCAGAAGCCCUGCAAAUGGACUUAGAAUCGGGGGUGAGGAUGAUUAUUCCUCACUAAAUCCACUUUAUUGGUUCGACCUUGUUUUCGCAAUUUGCUCGGAGCGUCAGGGAGAACUUAUGGAACGUACCUCGUCCUGUGUCCUCUGCCAUUGUAUUCUUCCUCUCACUAGGCUUCAAACCCAUCACUCGAUUAUCCUCACCAUCAUCCCCACCAAUAUUGUGCCUCAUUAUUUGUGGCACUGUGUCCCUUUUUCCCUUUGA